CUCGUUUACCUUGACGAGCCCUCCCGAGUCCUACAGCGUCCUGCACGCUUCGACAUCUCCCGCAUAUUUCCAUCGACCUCACACUCGUUUCUGACCCGAAUCCUCCCCCCCCCCUCCCUCCUCCUCCUUCGGAGCAUGAUGCGAAAGGCCCAUUGAGGCGACCAUGGUUCGCGUCACCGAGGAACUGGCCUUGUCGCCAGACCAUCUCACCCUCUACCAAGCGACCGACCCUCUGCUCGGCCACCUUCCCUUGUUGAUACUCCACGGGCCGUCUACCACCGCGAACUACACCUUCAACAGCUCGAGAGUCCAGGUCCAUGUAUAUACCCCCGCUGGCUUCCAGUCCUUCCCCCGACUCACCAUCUCCCCGAAUUCUCCCUUGUAUAACGUCGUCCACUAUCUGCCCCGCGAGUUUCAAGGCGACGAGGUAUACCGAGCCUUAGCCUUCGGAUUGUUCAAGUAUUUCUACGAGCUACCGGACCACGUCAAGGCUCAUGUCCGAAACCAAUACCCCGCCACCAAGGGCCGUCGGCCUGGCUCGUCCCCCGCGUUGUUCGGAGAAGAGCAUGCCGCCGACAUCGCCAAGUCCAUGGUCAGGGCGGAUAACACGCCGGACGUCAUCCAGAAGCUCCACCUCGCUCUCCAGACGCAACACAUAAGUAAUAUUGACAUCGACCUUGUAUUGCCUCCCGGGGCUAUUAUCCCCCUACAGCCCGCCGAUUUUGAGGACGUGCCCGAGGACGAGGACGAUAUCUUGGACCCGACCUUGCGCCAGUACGGCAUGUAUACUUCGUUGGUCAAGUUCUUUGGCGAGCCCGUAUUCUUGCCAACCACGAGAUUGCGGCGGGCACCCUCCAAGCCGAGCGCUCUCAAUAGGACCAAGUCGUUUUCUAAGGACCAGAAGGCCGAAUUGCGGCGAAAGAUGACCGAGCUGGUAGAGACCGAGGAGCGCUACGUCCAAAAGCUGAACGAGCUGGUGAACCACCUGGCGCCUGAGUAUAGACGGGAAGCUAAGGAACGGCGGCCUGGCAGCCUCAGUCCUUCGGAGGAGGACGUCGAGAAACUAUUCCCGCGAUCGGCAGAAGAAAUCCUGAAAAUGAAUUCGGCUUUCAUGCAGGCCAUAAAACAGGUGAUGGAAGAUACCGAAGAAGGUGCAUCGAGAGAUGUGGAAUCAGGUUCCGUGUCGUCGAGGGCAGGUAUGUCGGGAAGCGUUAUUGGGAAGACGAGAGACGCAACAGGAGCUUUGACGAUGGCAAAGGUCAUGCUAGAAUGGUUUCCGAAACUCACCGACUGCUACCAGGAUUAUAUCCGAGCAAGCCAAAACUUUCCCCAGCUAAUCACGUCCUUCCUCAGCCAGCAAUCCAGCUUUUCUCAAAGGCUGGCUGUCACCGGGGAACAACACCUUCGCUCCACCGUCAUCGAGCCCGUGCAACGGCUGCCACGGUACAGUCUCGUCAUCGACCAGAUCGUCAGCUGUCUACCAAUCACCCACCCUGCUCUACAACCUAUGCUGAAGGCCAGGGAUAUCAUCACCAACAUCUGCUCUAUGGACGAGCCCCUCACUGACAAGCCUCACGUCAACACGCGCCUACGGCAUAUGGUCGAGAGCUGGCCCAGCGAUCUUGAACCGGUUGGUAGGCUAAUUGUUGCUGCCGACUUUGUCGAGGUAUCUGCGCCGUACCAAGUCGGCGCCACCGCGGCAGUCUCGAGCGACCAGGCAGGUAUCUUGCUACUCUUCUCGGAUUGCGUCGUCAUCGUAAGAAAGGCCUAUGGCACAAACAUGGCAGCGCGCGACUUGCUGCGGGAGAUCGAUAAACCAUCCCCGGCCGGUCUUCUAGCCUCCAUGACGAAUGCGGCGGGAGGGCCUGGAUCCUACGAACUGUCGUUUGCUGGCUGGCAUACUCUGGCCGAUGUUCGUUUCACUGAAUCUUCGGAUGGCCGUAUGGCUUGGAUGACUUCGCUCAGCGAGAUGAAAGGCGCCAACGAGAGCGAAUUCGUCACAAGCACAGCACCUACCUCGCGAUGCUUUGUGCUACAAGAGUCAUACGAGGGCAAAGCAGCAAAGUGGAGCGAAGAUGUUGUUAAGGCCAGGGUAGAGGGCAGAUUUGCCGAGAAGGAACGCGAAGAUCCUUGCUGGAGUCUGCGUUCUGCCAGGAUGCCCGAUACAGGUCUGGGUGUGUUUGCUGCUGUCUUUCAAGAAGGCCUCGACCAGCUCGUGGAAGGUCGGAGGGAACCGGCGCCUGUCCGCAUCGUCAUUGAUCACGAAAAGGGUACUAAAGGUGCACCUGUGGGCCAUUACGGCGUAGAAAUAUGCUCGGACGUGAAAACGGGGAAUAUGAAGAAGAUAACCGUGAUCACAAUCGGACUUCACGGGAAGAAAGCAGCCGACGAAGUUGCGCUGGAGGACUUUCUUCCAACCCUUGCCCGGAGGAUCAUCCAGCUCCUUAGCGCUCAAUUCAACGUCGGGAACCCCGGGCUAACCCCAGCAAUGGUAUCAUUCCAUACAAAGGUGUUGCGAGGCUUAAGCGUUGCGAACAGGGCCGAGAAAUCGAGAUCCUUCCUAGCUACGUCGCCUGUCAAGUAUCUCUCGAGCUUCCUCAGUGGAAACAGUUCCCCUGAUGCCAUUGCUAGUCCCAAGCAUCAGCGCACGUUGACGGGAGACGCUCCCGUCCUUCUUCCCGGGCAGCUCAGCCGCUCUAACAGUUCUAGGGAUGCGAGCUCUCUGUAUGGCUCAGCCAAGAGCAGAGAUGGCAUCCGAAUCGGCGGCUCCGACGACGAUCGACCGGAAAACCCGCUGGUCCGGCUUGAGGAGACCUUCACCGGCUAUAUGGCUAGUCUCCAAGCGCGAAAGGGCGGCUUCAUCGGCCGAACACUGCUCAACCGAUCCGCCGUCGACGAGCUUUCCGUAAACGACUUAUACAACAAGCUCAUCGAAAGUCCUUUUGACAUCGAUGCCUCGUCCGACUUGACCCCCGAUGUGGUUUUCGUUGCCUUCGAAAAGUUUGUACGAUUUGCGUGGAGAGAACAGAUGGGCCCGAUUAUGACGCCUAAGGCGCUGGACGCUCUUCAACAGAGGGCAUCGAAAAGAUUGCCUGGGGACUUUGCCGACUUUGUUCACUUUCUCUUCGCGGAUAUGGCGCCACAGAAUAGGAGGGCCUUCACCGCUCUCAUCAAACUCUUGGCUGACCUUCUCGACGGUUGUGGGAACGAUAGUGACAGAGGAGCUCUCACUUUGGCAUUUGCCGAGCUCUUAACGGACAAUGAUACCGCGCACAACUAUAUCAAUCUUCUUGAUCGGCUUGUCGAGGAUUGUGACCACAUUUUCUACGAGGGUCCGUCCGGUUUCGGUGCAGGCAUGAGUCAUAUGGGUGCUAUUUUCGAAUCAAUGAAUUCGACUACUCGCAGUGUGAAGUCGCAUAACGGAUCUUUGACUUCGAAUACAUCAUCUCUGAGAAGGAAAUUUGGGUUUGACAACUUCUUGUCGAGGCAAAACAGCAAGAAUGACGGAGACAGUCGUUCAUCGGUGUGGCGUAGCCUGAGCAAGCAUAAUCGGCAUCCAGGCACUGGUGAGAAUUCGACCUUGACCAGAAAUUCCGUGGUCAGGACCAAAUCUAUCGAUGCCGGCGUUCCUUCAGGUCCGAACAAGUUGAGGCGGCCCGGGUCUCGCGACAGGCCUCCCAUUGCCGGUGCUUUCGACGAUAGUUUCUCACGACCUACCAGCUCACACAAGCUCGAAACCAUCGGAGAGCCCGAGACCGAGGAGGUGGGUUCCGGCGAUUCGAGGAGGAAACGUCGCAGCUCGUUGUCAGAUCUGCAGGACCUCAUGGACGCGACGAGCAUCGAGGACGAAUCUUUGCAUCCCCUUUCCGACAUGAAAGAAACCUCGGAAAAAAUCAAUUCUGGACCGCACGUGUCGUCUCCAUCUAAAACUACAAACAAUCCUAAUUCACAAGGCCUCUCUAACAACCUAACGCUCCGUUUGUCCCGAUACAAGGAAAAUUCUGACGAAAUAUUUUUACCUCCGCUGUCAGCAAGCGAGACACCAAAAAAAGGGCACUCUAAAAUGUUAUCGACUUCUAACAUUCCGACUUUGAGAUCGCCCCACGACGUUGGAACAGCAGCCGAUUCCGGCAGACCUACCUCUAGCCCUACCAAAGCUCAGGGGAGGCUUCGUUUACAAUCGCCACAGAAGCUGCGUGAACGUCUACAAGUCGAGAAGAAAGCCGUUGAUGAAGUCGACGCCAACCUACAAUCGGAACUGUCAAAAAUCGCCGCAGAUAUGGCCAAGGUUAACUCGACCCCGCGCAGUGCGACAAUCGACAUGAGAAAGUUGUCAGUUAGCGUGAGGGCUCUUGAGGAUCGUAUUCCCCUGGUCGUCUCUACAUUAACCGAUCGCCACGAGCAGCUCCAGCGGGACAUGGAGGACAUGGUGAAGGCGUCGGAGGCUAAGGUCAAAGCUAUCGACCAGCUGUAUAAGGAGGCGACGGCUGAGAACGAGCUGCUAUACGAAAAGUUCAACAGCGAGCUAGGCAAGAUCGUCAAGGCGCUCAAGGGGAAGGGGCGGGACGACAAAGAGGAGCUGCUGGUCCGUAUGAAAGACUGCAGUGAGGAGACAGCACGCGUGAAGAAGGAGAACGCGCGGCUCCGCCGGGAGAUGGCUAGCUUACGAACGCUGCUCAAGAGCAGCACUAAUGCCGGUGACGCCUAGAGGGAUGUCAUUUACGAGGUGGGGGAGGCGUUGCGAAGACUGGUGUUCUGGUUGCUUUGGAAGGCCAUGACGAACUUUAUCGCGAUUGCGAGAUAAUCCGUCGGUCGCCGUCGCCGUCGUUCGGCAUCAUAGUCGGCGUCCACAUUUCUUGUUUCCUGU